GGAGACAUUAAUUUCCUAUACUGAUAAAUUUCAAUUACGUUUGAGAGACGUGGAAUAUGAACGUAAAACUAAGCUUAUGAAAAUGUUUUGCAAAACAGUUUUUGUUGUUAUUUUUGUCUACACAGUUGGAUUUUGUGUCGCACAAAACGAGAUUGACAACCACAAAUCAUGGAUAUACGUUCCAACAAAUUCAUGUGGGGAAACAAGGACACUGCUGAAACAUAGAAUAAUAGGUGGGCAUAGAGCUGCUCUGGGAGAAUUACCAUGGAUGGCUAGAAUAGGCAGGAAACUCACAACUAGAUUUGGCCGAAUUUUGGAAUUUUUCUGUGGCGGUGCUUUGAUUAGCAGAUUCUAUGUUUUAUCUGCUGCUCACUGCUACAAUAAAAAUAUCAACGUGGUUAGACUUGGAGAAAAUUCUGAGGAUAGAACACAAAACUGUGAUUUCAAAGGAUGUGCACCCCCUCCCCAAGACAUACGGGUAGGAAAUUUUAUCAAGCACUACAAAUAUUCUCCAAGUGACUUAAAAAAUGACAUUAUGUUGAUCCAACUACGAAGACCAGCAAUAUUGAACGGUGAGGCCUACAUAGAUAGCGAGACAGAUAGAGAGAGAGAGAGAGAAUAAGGAAAGGGGGAGACAUAAUGAAAAACACUAUUAAUCACCAGCAUCAAUUAUCAUCACAAGUAAUCUGUGAAUGUUCUCGUAUUC